UGUGUUUCUCUCGAUUUUGACUUUGAGAGCUUCUUUUCACGAUGCGCAUCGCAAUGUUCUCGUGGGAGUCACUGCACUCCAUCGCCGUGGGCGGCGUGGCGCCCCACGUCACGGAGCUGGCCGCUGCGCUGCAGCGCCGCAAGCACGAGGUCCACGUCUUCACACGCCGGGCUGAGGGCCAGCAGCUGCACGAGGAGAUCUAUGGGGUGAUGUACCACCGCGUACAAAGCCAUGACACAGAUGAUUUUGUGGAUGCGAUGGAGAAGAUGUGCAACUCUAUGGUCUGGAGCUUUGGAGAGACUAUGUCCCUCGUGGGUGAUUUUGACAUCGCCCACGCCCAUGACUGGAUGGCCUGCAAGGCCAUGGUCCAGUGCAAGAACUCUCACGGCAUCCGAUGUAUCUUCACCUUCCACAGCACGGAGCAAGGCCGCAGCGGAGGACCUGGGGGCGGCUCGGAGCGGGUGGCCGGCAUGGAGGGCGAGGCUGCCUUUGUGGCGGACCGCGUGAUCGCUGUGUCGGAGCGAUUGAAGGAUGAGAUUUGCGAGAUCUACCAGCUGCCCACCAGCAAGGUGUGGGCGGUACACAACGGCAUCCAGUGCGCUCGCUUCGACGGCAUGCUGGAGGAUCCGGGGGCGGUGAAGGCAGUUUAUGGCAUCGGCGCCUUGGACCCGGUGGUGCUCUUCGUGGGGCGCAUGGUGGGGGGCAUGAAGGGCGGCGACAUUUUGAUCGAGGCCGUGCCCGACAUUUUGUCCAACCACCCGGCCGCCAAAGUGGUCUUCGUGGGUGACGGAGACAACAAGAUGCACUGCGACCACCGAGCCAAGGAGUUGGACAUAGAAGGCUCCUGCCGGUUUUUAGGCGCGCGCAGUGGUGACGAGCUGGUGAAUUUGUUCAAGAUUGCUGACUGUGUGGUGGUGCCCAGUCGAUAUGAGCCUUUUGGCCUCACGGUGUGUGAGGCGUGGGCGGCUGGGAAGGUUGUGGUUGCUUCGGACCAGGUGGGCUGCCCUGUGAGCCAUGGAGAGGACGGCUGGGUGGUCUCGGCCACCCGCGAAGGCAUCGCCUGGGGCGUCGCCGAGGUCUUCCGAGACUGGGACCGAGCACGGGCCAUGGGCGCCCAGGGCCGUGUCAAGGAGCUGCUUUUUCCCUAUCCUGGGAUACGGUGGCUGAGCUUACUGAGAGAGCCUAUUGCGAGUUCUAAGCCGCUUUGGCAGCAAAGCUGCCAGGUUUCGGCUUGGGGUGCCAAAUAAUGCACCAAUUCUCGGAUUCUUAGAGCACAAUUGGAAGUCGAAUGAGGCGGAAUGACACUCUCAG